AUGAUAUCUGAGUGGUGGGGAUGGCUGGGAGGCCAUGGCUCAGCAUGAGCCAUGAGCACGAUCGCUUCAAGUAGAUGGCCUUCUUCUGAGAUGCCCAGCUCAUUUUAACUUGAUUCAUCAUAAGAGAAACAUUGUUACAUUCCAACCAGGAGAGGAGGACAUCACUCUUUGGAAGGGAUGAGGAUCCUUCUCCAUCUCCCAGCCCUCCUGGCUUUUCUGUUCUCGCUCCAGGCUAAAAGGCCUGCUAAAAAUGCACAGAUCACUAGAAUUUCAACCAUCUCGGCUACUGUGAGUCAGGUCAAGGUCCAAGUCAACAAGGCCUACCUGGAAUCCCGAACCAGGCUGAAGACCGCCAUGAACUCCCAGGCUCUCACCACCCGACAGCUCUCAGAGUAUCUCAAGCAUGCCAAAGGCCGGACACGCACAGCCAUACGUAAUGGGCAGAUGUGGGAGGAAUCCUUCAAGAAGCUGCAGCAGAAGAUUUUCUCGGCCAAUGUCACAGAGCCCAGCCUGGACCUGACAUCGCUGUCCUGGGAGGUGGGCUGUGAUGUCCCGGCUCCAGUAGUGACCUGUGACACCAGCAGCCCUUACCGCACCAUUACUGGAGAAUGUAAUAACAGGAGGGACCCCACGCGGGGAGCCGCCAACCGGGCGCUGGCUCGCUGGCUGCCGGCCGAGUACGAGGACGGGCUCUCCCUCCCCUUCGGGUGGACGCCGGGCAAGAUGCGGAACGGCUUCCCGCUCCCGCUGGCCCGAGAUGUAUCCAACGAGAUCGCUGCCUAUCUGAAUGAGAAGGAUGUUCUGGACCCAAACUGGUCCCUGCUCUUCAUGCAGUGGGGCCAAAUUGUGGAUCAUGACUUGGAUUUUGCCCCUGACACUGAGAUGAGCAGUAGCAACUUCUCUAAGGCACAGUGUGAUGAGUACUGUAUCCAGGGAGACAACUGUUUCCCCAUCAUGUUCCCCUCCAGUGACCCCAAGGUGAAGACUCAAGGGAAGUGCAUGCCUUUCUUCCGAGCUGGAUUUGUCUGUCCCACUCCACCCUAUCGGUCCCUGGCUCGAGAACAAAUCAACGCUGUAACCUCCUUCUUGGAUGCCAGCUUUGUUUAUGGUCCCGAACCAAGCCUGGCCAACCGCCUGCGCAACCAUAGCAGCCCUCUGGGCCUCAUGGCUGUCAAUCAAGAGUUCUCAGAUGGGGAGCUGCCCUACCUGCCUUUUGUCACCCAGAGGCCCAGUCCCUGCGAGAUCAUCAACACCAUGGCCCAGGUGCCGUGCUUUCUGGCAGGAGAUUCUCGUGCCUCGGAGCAGAUCCUACUGGCUACUGCCCACACACUCUUUCUCCGUGAGCACAACCGGCUGGCCAGAGAACUGAAGAGACUCAACCCUCACUGGGAGGGAGACAAGCUCUACCAAGAAGCUCGGAAAAUCCUGGGAGCCUUCAUGCAGAUUAUCACUUUUAGAGACUACCUUCCCAUUGUGCUGGGUGAUGAGAUGCAGAAGUGGAUCCCUCCAUACCAAGGCUACAAUGACUCUGUAGACCCCCGAAUUUCCAAUGUCUUUACCUUUGCUUUCCGCUUUGGGCACUUGGAGGUCCCCUCCACAGUGUCCCGCCUGGAUGAGAAUUAUCAGCCAUGGGGGCCAGAACCAGAACUUCCCCUGCAUACCCUCUUCUUCAACACCUGGAGGAUGGUCAAAGACGGUGGCAUUGACCCGCUGGUUCGAGGUCUACUAGCCAGAAAGGCCAAGUUGGUGAAACAGGAUAAAAUAAUGACAGGAGAAUUGCGCAACAAGCUCUUCCAGCCAACUCAUACCAUCCAUGGCUUCGACCUGGCUUCCAUCAAUAUACAACGUUGCCGGGACCAUGGACAGCCUGGGUACAAUUCCUGGAGAAAGUUCUGUGACCUCUCUCAGCCACGGACACUGGAGGAACUGAGUGCAGUGCUGGGGAAUGAGAUGCUGGCCGAGAAGCUCCUGAGUCUCUAUGGGACCCCUGACAACAUCGACAUCUGGAUCGGGGCCAUUGCUGAGCCCCUGAUAGAACGAGGUCGGGUAGGGCAUCUCCUGGCCUGCAUCCUGGGCCAACAGUUCCAGCGAAUUCGAGACGGAGACAGGUUCUGGUGGGAAAACCCAGGGGUCUUCACAGAGAAGCAGCGAGCCUCUCUGCAGAAAGUGUCCUUCUCACGCCUUGUCUGUGACAACACCCAUAUCACCAAGGUCCCGAGGAACCCAUUCCGGGCCCACAGCUACCCCCAAGGCUUUGUGGACUGCUCAGCCAUUGAUAAGCUGGACCUCUCACCCUGGGCCUCAGUGGAGAAUUAGAGGCAUGGCCUUCCACGUGGCAUCGUGACUCUCCCCCUUUGGUCCAUGCUGCCAUUUCAAACAAGUGUGAUGACCCAGUCCCUUAAUGCUUCAGACCUCAGUCCUCCAGUCUUCCUUUCCAGCUAGCCCUCUCUUGCAUUUGCCCAAGGCCAACGGCAGCCACCUCAGUCUUCCAGCUCUUCUGCCUGGCUGCCACCACUUCCAACCUCUAUGGAAAUCUUCCUUUCUGCCAAGAUGCAGGCCAUCAGAGAAGGCCUGAGAUUUUAAUGCUUCCUCUCCCUGAGAUGAAGCUAUAGCCUUUGACCUUUGCUUUUCCCCAAUCCCUUCCAGACUAUUUUGUAAGUUUUCUGAGCCCUGGACUUCUGCCUGUGUCUGAGUGCAGUCUGGGGUGCUAGACAUGGUAUUCGUGUAGCUUGGUGCUCAAUAAACACCUGG